UAUCGCCAAACACUUACCACAUUAAUGAUACACCGAGUCUUGUAUAAACCUUUUACCGUUGCAAUCACUCAAAGAUAGGAUAUCACAACACAAUCACAAUAACUCAUACAAUAUCGCAUACCAACCGAAUCGCGAUACCACAUCCUUCCAACAUGCCGGUAACAACAAUCCCCCACCCCAACUCCUCCUCUUCGGCCUCUUCUCCUACCUCCGCCACACCCUCCACCAAACCCGUCUUCUUCUGGAAACCAAACGAUGGCCACGGCUACCUCUCCCAAUGGUACUGGUCCAAGUUCACCGUCGACAACGAAACCUACGCACAAGCAGAAAUGUGGAUGAUGGUACAAAAAGCGCGUUGCUUCGGUGACGAAAAGAUUGCGAAACAGAUGCUAGAGACUACAAAUCCGAAGGAACACAAAGACUUGGGACGACAGGUUAGGGGGUUUGAUGGGAAGGUUUGGGAUGAACGUAAACUAGAGAUUGUGACACAGGGUACAUAUCACAAGUUCACGAUUAGUGAUGAUGCAGAAAACCUGAGGCGCAUGCUGCUAGCUACUGGUGAGCGUGAGUUGGUUGAGGCUAGCCCUUCCGAUCGCAUUUGGGGCGUGGGGUUUGCGGAGAGAGACGCACAGAGGAAUCGGCAUAGAUGGGGACAGAAUCUGUUGGGAAGGGCGCUGAUGGAUGUUAGAACGCGGUUCAGGGAGGAGGGGAAGAAGUAAGAUUGAUGAACGGGUCUUUGAGGAUGUAUAUCGUCAGUGAAUGAAUUCUUGUCGACGUAAGCUGAGAUAGAAUUAAGUCAUAUGCCAUCUAAGUGGGAAUUAGGCUCUGCUUAUUUCCGCUCCGACUAGGCCACCCAGGCCAGGGCUCACG